AUGAUUAGAUCUUUUAAGUAAUACACCUAAGAGAACAGCAAAAGAUUGUUAAGUCCUUUGCAAAGUGGCCAUUUUGGAUAUAGUCCAGAACCAAACUUAAUAUCGAAGCCUCAUACACAUAUAGCAAGGAAAUCAAGUCUAAUAGAUUUGAGAUAGUUUGAGGAGAAAAGAUUACAACUGCCUAAGCAAAAGGAGAACAAAAUAAUCAAGAAACCUGUUACAUCUGACCCAAUGUCGAGUAAGAAGAUCUUGCAGAUAGUGAAAGAGGCUCAAUAGCAAUUAUAUUCAUCUCAAUAACCAAGAACAUAAUAAUAAGUGCAAUAACAAAAACACAUUAGAGCUAUUACCCUGGAGAAUUAAAUCGAGGGACUAAAUUUUACUUUUGCUCAAAAUUUCUCGAAUAAGAAAGAAAUAAUGAAGGAGUUUUCGGCACACAGCUUAAAAAAGAAGUUUUUUGCUUGA